AUGUCUUACAGUACCUCCUACUAUUUCAUUCUUUCGUCGACGAUCGGUUGCUCGCUGAUCGUCGUCGCUUCAUUGCUCACCCUCUACUCUAUCUCUCUUGAUAUCCAACAAUUUGAAAUCGAUAUCAACAGUGAUAUGAUUCACUUCAAGACUCGUGCCAAUGAUGUUUGGGACCGUAUGGUCAAAGGAGAACAAACAUCUCCAUCCUUCGGAAGACACAUCUUAGCCAAGAGAGCCGCGUAUGCCACUGCUGGAGACGCUGCCCAAUGCAAUUGCGCAGCUCAAGCCUCCGGAUGUCCAGCAGGACCACCAGGACCACCAGGACAAGAUGGAGCACCAGGAGAGCCGGGAGAGGCAGGCAAGGACGGAGAAAGCGGACCAGCUGGAGCCGCCGACAGUUUCUUGGGUGCUGAAGGAAACUGCAUCAAAUGUGACGCCGGACCACCAGGACCUCCAGGACCGGAUGGAAAUGUUGGACCACCAGGACCAGCAGGACCAGCUGGAGCUGAUGGAGACGCUGCUGGACCAGGACUUGCUGGAGCCCCAGGAGAGCCAGGGCCAGCUGGACCAGAUGGGCAGCCAGGAGCACCAGGACCUGACGGACCUCCAGGAGCCGCUGGAACUACGAGCACUAACGAACCAGGACCACCAGGACCGCCAGGGCCGCCAGGACCUGCUGGACCAACUGGAGAGGAUGCGGCUGCACCAGUUUCGCCAGCAGGACCAGCUGGGCCACCAGGGCCACCAGGAAAGGAUGGAGGAGCUGGAGCACCAGGCGCACCAGGAGGGCCAGGAACUGAUGGAGCACCAGGAGCUGAUGCUGCCUAUUGCCCAUGCCCACCAAGAACUCCAGGAUUGGGAGAGGAGCCAGCAGCAGCGCCAGAAGCUGCAGGAGGAGCCGAUGCAACCAAGGCAGGAUCCUACAGUGGAAGCGCCGUUCUUCGCCGCCGUGCUCGCUAUUAA